AUGAUGUUCCAACCUCCUGCAGAGCUCUGGCUGCUAAAAUGUGACUACCUUCAUGCUAUUCCCUUGCUCAAGAAGCUGUGCUGGCUCCCAACUGCCAAAUAUGAUGACAUCAAGAAGGUGGUGAAGCAGGCAUCAGAGGGCCCCCUUAAGGGCAUCCUGGGGUACACUGAGGACCAGGUUGUCCCCUGCGACUUCAACAGUGACACCCACUCCUCUACCUUCGAUGCUGGGGCUGGCAUUGCUCUCAAUGACCACUUUGUCAAGCUCAUUUCCUGGUAUGACAAUGAAUUUGGCUACAGCAACCGGGUGGUGGACCGUAUGGUCCACAAGGCCUCCAAGGAGUAAGAGCCCCCUGAACCACCAGCCCCAGCCAGAGCAAGAGGAAGAGAGAGGCCCUCAGCUGCUGGGAAUCCCUGCCCUAACUUACCCCCCAAAACAUUGAGAAUCUCCCAACCUCCACUAUUUCCAUCCCAGACUCCCUAAAGAAGGGGAGGGGCUUGGGGAGCCCUACCUUGUCAUGUACCAUCAAUAAAGUAUACUGUAUCCAGC